AUGUUAAAAUUUCUUAAAGAAUGUGGUUUACGUUCUUAUAUUCCAAUUGAUACAUGUAAACAAAUAAUGGAAUCAAUACAAGUUAAUGAUAAGCAAGAAGGUUGGACAGAUGAACAACAUUAUAAAUUUCUUGAACGAUAUAGAAUGCAUAUUGAACAUGAUGAUUUAUUACAAUUACAUGACCAAUACAUGAAUUCAAAUCAGAUAACAACAACUGAACAUCUCCGUUAUACAUGA